AUGCCUCUCAGAUCCACCCGCCACACCACCACCACCACCGCCCCCCGCCGCACCGGCCUCUUCUCCCGCCGCAACCACACAACCACCCGCACCACGCACACCACCGCCCGCCCCGCCAAGCGCGGGCUCUUUUCUCGCCGCCGCGGCCCCGUCCACACCACCCACGCGGCCCCCGUCCACCACCAGCGCCGCAAGCCCUCCAUGGGUGACAAGAUCUCGGGCGCCAUGCUCAAGCUCAAGGGCACCCUGACCCGCCGCCCCGGACAGAAGGCCGCCGGCACCCGCCGCAUGCACGGCACUGACGGCCGUGGCUCCCACCGCGCCCACCGCUACUAG